AUGAAAUAUAUGCAAAAGUCUUGCCAUAUCAAAACAUCUCAGGAGGAAUGGAAUUGGAUAGUCGAAAUUAUAAACUGCUAUAGAACAGUGACGGAGUACGUUGACACGCUUAAUUCUCUUACAAAGGUAACUUCUUUAAUUACAAAUUUUUUUGCGAUGAUCCUUGUUGUCUUUGAUUUUGUUUAUAUAUUUCAAGUAUCUAUAGAAUUGAAAAACGCAAGCGAAAUAAUCGAAUAUAGCUUCUACAUUUCUGGCUCUGUAUUUACUAUAUAUAUUAAUUUUUACGUUGGGCAAAAUCUAUUGAAUCAUAGCGAAGCUGUUUUCGAGGAAUUAUGUCAAGUUCCAUUCUAUAUUCUCUCUAUAAAAACUCAAAAGAUGUUGUUAUUCGUGAUAAAAAGAAGCAUGAAGCCAUCCAUGCUUUUAAUUGGUGGAUUGUAUAUAUCGGCACAUCAAGUUUUUGCUCAACUGAUGGAAAAAGCAUUUUCUUUUGCAAUGGUAUAUUAUAGUGUUCAGUAA